AUGGGACACUCUCCAGUGACUGUCAAAGCCGAUGCUGACCCAGAGCAAAACUCGGACCAGCUAGUCCAGAAACCAGUUUCACGCUUGACGCGAUGGUAUCGUAGCGCUCUGUUCAACGUGAUCAUAGUCGGGUUGAUCUCGUUCACACAACCAGGGAUCUGGAACGCUCUCAAUAACACCGGUGCCGGCGGCCAACAGAAGCCCUACCUGGUUAAUGGCGCCAACAGUCUGACCUUCGGUAUCAUGGUCUUUGGCUGUCCGUUGUUCUCUAUUCUCGCCAAUCGCUACGGCCUUCGGCGGGUUCUUAUCCUCGGUACACUAGGAUACGCGCCGUACUCAGCAAGCCUGUAUGUCAACAAUCGCUACGGCACGGAGUGGUUCGUCCUCUUUGGGGGCGCCACUUGCGGGAUCGCGGCUUCUGCACUAUGGUCGAGUGAGGGAGCAAUCGCGUUAGGGUAUGGAGGUGUUAGAGAUCGAGGCAAGAAUACUGGCAUAUGGCUUGGACUGCGCGAACUGGGCCAACUCAUCGGCUCCUCAAUCCAGCUCUCCCUGAAUGUCAAGGACGGCGAGCGCGGUAAGGUUGGGUACUCGACGUACCUUGUCUUGAUUGCGCUCCAAUGCUUGGGACUCCCACUCGCCCUUCUCAUCUCGCACCCUUCAAAGGUUAUCCGGUCCGAUGGCUCAAGCAUUCCCGACCCGACGAGACAGAAAGCUGUCCUCGGCGAGUUCCGCAAACUCUGGGCUCAGGUCAAGAAGAAGCACAUCCUUCUGUUGAUACCAAUACUGGUUGGAUUCAACUGGAACAGUACAUACCAGGGGAUCUAUCUGACCAACUACUUCAGCGUGCGCGCGCGCACUCUAGGCUCCCUGACUUCGGGCAUCUCGGCCACGGCCGCCAAUAUGUUUUGGGGCUGGUUCUUUGACACACAAUACUUGAGCCGGCCCAAACUGGCCAGGAUCACAUGGUUCACCUUUGCCACUAUCAUGCUUGCCCUAUUUGGAUGGCAGUUCGCCAACGAGAAACUGUACGAUGAUACGCAGCCAACCAUUGACUGGGCGCAGCCAAACUUCGGCCGCGGAUUCGCAGUCAACGUGCUCUUCCGAUUCAUGAACGAGUCUCACUAUAUGUUUGUUUAUUGGAUCCUUGGUGUCUUCAACGACGAUCUGGAGACGUUGACCUUGACGGUCGGGAUUGUGCGCUGCUUUGAGAGCGUAGGAUCUUGUCUUGCCUUUGGAAUCGGUGCUGCGAAAGUCUCGCCUAUGGUAAAUCUGAUUGUUGCCUUUGUCAUGUUCGUUCUCUGUAUCCCCUCGACCUCCUGGGUAGUGUUCAUGGUGCCGGAGCAUCCAGAGACUACGCCCAAGGAUGAUGAGAGUUCCCAGGAGCCGCGUCGGUAG